AGGUGAAAGCAAGCCAUGUCAAAGAAUUAAGAAGUCAUGGAUGGUUUUGAUGUGGACGAAGGGUUGGAUGAUUUAGGCCAACGCCCUAAAAGGAGACAAAAGACAAAGAAGAAAAUGCUGCUAAAGAAAUCUGCAGAUGAUAAGGUGGUGGUAAAGGUGAAUAGGUUUGGUGUUCAUGCAGGUAAAGAAUGGACAUAGCUGACCAAUUAUAUUGGUGUCUUAGUGCGGGAUCAUGUUUCCAUAGUGCAUGAUGAAUGGAGACAUGUGGCAGUUAAACUUAAAGACCAAAUGUGGAAUCAUCUUAAGGAAUUGUUCGUGUUGAGUGAGAAUUCAAAAAAGCAUGUCUUAGCUACUAUGAGUGUAGCUUUUAGAAAUUUCAAAUCUGAGUUGCGAACUAACUUUAUCUAUCAACAUGAGCAUGAGCUGUAGAAGUUAGCAUUACCUCCCGCGGAGUACAAACACAUUUCGAAGAAAGAAUGGAAAUUAUUUGUGAAGAAGACUUUCUCCGAAGAAUUUGUGGAGAAAAGCAAUAAAGCGAAAGAGCGCCGAAAAAAGCACAAGUUGAACCAUCGAUUGGGUUGUACUGGAUAUGGAGGCUUGCUUUUAAAGAAGCAAGAAGAACUUGGAGUCAAUCUGGAAGACAUUGAUCGUUGUGAUACGUGGUUGCUUGGCAGGAAAAAAAAGAUGGGACCUAUGAUGAUGAUGUCAAAGAAGUGGCAAAUGAAAUAGAGGACCUGAAGCGCAAAGUACAGGAGGGGUCGUUUGUGCCUAGUGGGGAUACUGAUGUUCUUUCCACUGCUCUUCAGAAAAAACCCAAUGGAAGUAGAGUUCAAGGGUUGGGACACUUCAUAACCCCAACGCAAUACUUCCACAAGCCAAAAGAGACAAGAACUGAUCGCGAAAAGGAGCAUGAGAUGUGUGAGCAAAGCUACAAGAUGAUGGUUAUGAAGUUUGAAGAAAUGAGGACACAAGUGUCGCAUGCCAUAAGUGAAAUUGGAAGUUCAAGUAUUCCCAACAAAUCUCCUAUUGUAAAGGCUGCUGAAGAGGUAGAUCAACAAAAACUUACUCCGGUGAAGAGACAUCGUGUUACUGUCCACAGGAGCUCGCCCCCACAAAGCUCCAAGAAUAAGGAGUGGAAGUCAAAUGAGAGUGAAGAAGAAGGAGAUACAAAAGGAAAGCGAAAGGCAACUGAAGUGCCAGAAGAACAAAAGUUGACUCCCCAGAAAAAACAUCUUGCAGCAGUUUCAAGAAGGUCCCUGAGAUUCAUGCAAAUGAAGAAUCUUCCCGAGGAGAGUGUACUUAGGGCAGCUAACAACACAUGCAUAAGUGAAGCAUCAUGAGAACAGGUUGUGAGUGAACUAGGUGCUACUAAAAUAAAGGUGC